CAGCACAGAGACAUCAACCGCAUCAGCCAUGAUACCGCCAGGAGAGUCCUUCCUGGAAAAGUACCGAGCUGUGAUCACAAAGCCAGACUUCGAGAAGGCUAGUCCCGAAGACAGAAUCAAGUCGAUGCUCGCGAUCAAAGCGCCUCACGAUCAACGUCUCUUCAGCCAAUUUGGAGAAGAAGAUGUCAAACUCAUCUCAUUCACCAAGCUCAGCGAUUCCACCUGCUCAGCAGUCUUCAAGUUCAAAGUCGAAAAAUUCUACUGCAAUCUCUCUGGCAAUCUUCACGGCGGAGCGCAAGCAUUAUUCUACGACAUGUUGACCAGUUUUGCAAUGCAAGGCAUUGGUGCGAGCGGCUUCUGGAUCAACGGGGGAGUCAGCAGGACUCUUGAUGUCACUUAUUUGCGACCGGCUCCAGAGGGCACCGAAGUGCUUUGUGAAGUGGAAGUCAUGUCGACUGGGAAGACACUCUCUUUUCACAGAGGUAUCAUGAGGAGGGCGGAUACCGGCGCCAUCAUCAGUGUGGGUAAACACGAUAAGGCGGCUGUUAUGAUCAAGCCUGGGUACGACAAGCCCUCGAAACUCUAGGAGCGCUUCUGAGCAGACUGUGUGCAAGGAUAUAUUUCCCGCGGACCUUUUAAUCUUGCUGGAACGAACCGGUUCAAGCCAUUUAUAUGGGAUUGUGGGCGUACCGAUUGCAAGCGCAGAGAAUUGCUUGCAUCUGUG